AUGGCCACCACCUCUAUCAAGCAUAUUGGUCUAGCAAGUUCCACAAGCAGUACUAAUAUCAACAGUACGCCUUAGAAACCACACCUAUUGUCACCUCGAUCUUCAUUCAAAAAAGAUUAAAUUGAAAACACAGCUGGGAUUUACAGGCAAGUUCAAAAGUAAAAUUAAUAUCCUAGCGAUUUAAUCUCAACUUUGGCUGAAGUGGAUAAUGAGAGCAACUAGAUGUAUUUAAAUGAAUCACUAGCUAGGACUGUCAGGGUUUCUAUAGCAAUUAAAAAUACUGACAAAGUUAGACCUGUAUUAAUGCUAGUUGAUAAGGAAAAUGAUACAAUUAUAAGUUUAGGAGAAAGGAUCAGAACAAAAUUUGGGAUAAAAUAAGAGGCAUUAAUAAAUAGACUCCUUCUUUAGAGUGGUGAAGUUAUUGAUGACAUUGGACUUAUUGAGAAGAAUGAUAAAAUAUAGGUCGAGCUAAUAAAGAAUAACAGUAUUUAAACUGGUUCAGAGUAAUAGCCUUAGAUAUCUCAUAUAAAUUCACCAGUAAAUGUAAACUCGAGUCUUAAUACUCUUCCAUCUACAUAAUAAAUACUAAGAAACACUGAAGAUACCAUAUAGUCAGAUGAUUUUUAACCAGUAAAUAUAAUAGAUGAGUACAAAUCCCGAUAAGUUAGAGAUGCUGAAGAAGAAGGAUUGGCUAAUCUUGCGAAAUUUGAUGUAGAAUAUCCUAGAUUAGUGGCCAACAUACCAGCUCAAUCCAGAAUCUUGAAUAACUUAUACUAAGAUAUUAAUACUGCUGGUCUUAGCUGCUAAAUACUAGCAAAUUAAUCUGAAAGGGUUAUCGAGCAGAGUAUUCCAAGGGGAGACAUCACUCUACAAGAUAGAACUUUACAAAUAACCCUUUAUUGCCAUUAGUAUGGAAAAAAGCGAAAUAGAAUGAAGGAACUUGAGAGAGGUCCAAAUGGAAGCUUUAAAAUUGAGGAUGGCUAGUAUCCAGAUUACUCUAGGGGAGUAGGGUCCUAAGCAGGUUACAUGAAAUAGGAUGGAAGAUGCUAGUCCAAAAAAUCAAAUUGUCCAUUUAGACUAAAAUUCACUAAACAAGUUGGAAAGGAUUAUUUUGAGUUUUUUCAGGCCAUUCAUUAUCACAAUCAUCCACUUAUUAUAGGUCAAAAGACUAAAAAUCAUUCAAACUAUCAUAAAAAGAACUCAAACGGGGACUAUAGCCUAUAGCAAAAAUACGAUAACAUCAAAGAAGAACCAAUUGAUCACAGUAGUGGUAAUUUGCAGUAAAGCCACUCAUCUACAUAAUCAAAUUAAAAUUCUAAUUAAGCUCAUAAUUAAAAGUAGUAGCAGCAAUAGUCUACUUCAUUUUCAUUAUAAUUGAAGAAUUAAUAAGAUAAGAUAAACUAACAAUAGCAUCAAAUUUUGAACACUCUUAAAAAGGGGUUAAAUGAUAAAUAAUAAAACUUGUAGUAACAGGAAAAAGUAAAAAUAAAAUAAGAAGGUAUUAAUAAUAACCAAAGAAAUAUUUAAAAAUCCUAAAAUGAAGAUAGAGCAGGUCGAUAUGCUAUCAAAUCAGAUUUUGAAAAUGAAUAUGAAAUUUUAAGAUACAGUUAACAUGUUAGAAAGUCUACUUUAAAAUUAAAUACUACUUUCAGCAUGGACCUAAAUGGAAGUGUGAGUCUUGAUCAUAAUGAUCUAGGUAAUAUAUAGUAAAACAAUUUUGGCAGUAGCAAUUCAACUGCAACAACAUCUACUUUGCAAAACAAUCUUCAUCAAUAACAAUAGCCUUACUAUAUGAGAGAUUAAAACUUGGAGUUAUGUUUCAAUCCGCUAAUGUGCAACAUGCCAGCAGCAUUGCCUUCUCUAAGAACUUAAACAGACUUUAUACCUACCGACUUUUCAGUAUCUGAUCUAGAAAAUCAUCAAAAUCAAAAAAACUAUGGUAUGAUGUUGGGUGGUAGUAGUAAUACUGUUGCAAAUAGAGUAAACUCGAGUAAUAACCCACUUUCUUAUCACCAAUAACAAUAAUAACUUCAAAUGGAAAAGUUAAACUAUCAUCAUCAUGGAUAAAACAACAAUAAUUAAUUUUUCUUAUGA